GAAUAUCCAGACUAUGAAAGUGUGAAUUAUUUAAAACCUAAUGAUCAACUUUGUCAUCCUCAUUAUAUGAAAUACAUUGAACCAAAUAAACAUAGGAAGUUAAAUGAUGAAACAAAAAAUAUAAAUGAAAAUAUUCCUAUAAAAAAUAUUGAGGUUGAAUUUACGGAAGAUGAAGUUCUUUUAUCUGAAGAAAACUUUAAGUUAGUUGUUCAAAAAAUUAAUGAAAUAGAAUUAACAAUUGAAAAAAAUAAAAAACAAGUGUUUCCUUUGGAAAUAAAUGGUUUCAAGCCAAAGAAAAUAUUUACCUAG